CCUAAUAAGACCUAAGUUUAUUUUUUAAAUUUUCAAAAUCAAUAAACGCUCCCUUGGAAUAAAGACUGCUCAGUUUCUCAUCUCCCUCUGAAGAUCUUCAUAAAACCUACACAAUCCACUACCCAAAUCUGGAGCAAAACCCAUUUCUUGUUCUUUGAAUAGAGAGUGAUUUAUUGAUGGCGGAGUGUAAUUUCGAUUGUUGAUAAAGGGUGAGGGAGAAAUCUUGUAGAAAACAGUUGAAGAGAAGAUGGAUAAGCUCUGGGAUUUUGGCAGAAAAGCCAUGUUCUAUGUGAGGGUUCUUUCGGGUUAUGAAGAGCGCAGAAUCCGAUCUUACAGAUUGCAGCUCCAGCAACGCCUCCAACAGGCACAACAAAGGAAAGCAGCUCUCAAGCAGGUUCCUGAGCAAAUUAUUUUGUCAGAGGUGCGGCGAAUGGUCGGGGAUAUGCAAUCUUUGAAUAAGAAGUUGGAGGAAACAGAGGCAGCCAUUGAGGAAUACUUCAAGCCGAUUGACAAGGAAGCAGAAAUCAUUAUGAAGAUGCAGCUUGAAGGAGAGGAGAAGACAAUGAGAGAGAUGAUGACCGCCAUGCAAAGACAUGCUCUACUAGAGAAAGCUGAAGCAGAAAAAUUUGCAAAUUUGCAAAAUGCUAAAACAGACAAACAUAUUGAAGAGCCGACACGGCCAGACAAUAGUGCUCAAAGGGGGUGACUCCGUGCAUUUCAUAAACGUUUUUGGCAAGUACUUAGGUGAAGAUCAUGCUUCUUGCCCCCAGUGUCACUAAGGCAUAGUUAGAUCUGUUACUACUAUGUCAGAAACCAAGAUCUGGGGUAACAGCGUUUCGUAUGAACCAACUUUGAUGGUCCUGUGUACAACAAGCCACAUAAAAUCAAAUGCAGAGUUCUAGCUGCACAGCAUGAAACAAGAGUUUGUGAAAUAACAUAUUUCAGGGCAGCAGACUGCAACAGUUUUCUGGCAAGCUUGCAUUUCUCUUUAACGAGUGAAAUUAUACAUUUGCCAUGUUUAAUACUGUACGGACAUGCUGAAUGAACAUCUUCAUUCUAUGAGAUGUAUGUGCAAUAGAAGAAAGUUUUUUUAACA